AUGGCUCCAAUCCCACCCGAACCACACGAGUUGCCACCACCAUGCAGGGAUAUAUUGUUGGAGUAUUCGAAACAAGUGAUGAAACUCGAGGUUUGUGUAUUCGGGUUGAUGUCUGAGGCUAUUAGGCUUGACCGAAAUCACCUUGUGGACAUAGGAUGUGCCGAUGGGCUUGCUGUUCUUGGACAUUACUAUCCUUCUUGCCCGCAACCUGAACUAACAAUAGAAAUUCAAGAUCACACCGAUAACGAUUUCAUCACGAUUCUUUUGCAAGAUCAUAUUGGUGGCCUCAAGGUCUUUUAUCAGGAUCAAUGGACUGAUGUUCCUCCUAUACUGGGAGCUCUUGUAGUGAACGCUGGAGAUAUAUUACAGGAAUCUAUCUCUCUCUUAGAGUAUCAAGUUUCAGUGUCGUUUAUUUGGUCUCUUAAUAGUAUAUUAACUUGUAUCUCAAACUUGCUCCAUAAUUGUUUUUGUGGAAAUUUCGGUAAAAUUAACACUACGAGCGAAAAAUCAGGCCCCAAUAAAGCUACACCUUACGGUCAUUAA